UCUUUUCUCAUCAGCCUAAGCUUCACAUCUUCACCUCCUCUCUCUAGCUCUCUCUGAGUAUUAUUAGUUUAUUAGAUUUAGAACUUUGAUUCUCUCUUCAUACAUUGUUGAGAGAACCAAAUAGAAUUUUGUAAGUUAGAAGUAUUUAGUAGAAGAUCAAUCAUAUCAUCAUCAAUAUCAAUAUCAUAAUGGGUGCAGAUAUGUUGCCUGGUUUAGCAAUGACUUUGGUUCAGUUGGGUUAUGCUGGUAUGAAUAUCUUCUCUAAGUUAGCUCUUGAUGCCGGAAUGAAUCCGUUUGUGAUGGUGGCAUAUCGGCAGAUUUUCGCUACAGCCAUUAUAGCUCCGUUUGCAAUUUGCUUUGAAAGGAGGACAAUGCCGAGGCUAACAAAAACUAUCUUCUGGCAGCUUAUCUUGUGCUCUUUAUUUGGGGCAACAUUGAACCAGUGCUUGUAUUUUGUUGGACUAAAAUACUCGACUCCGACCAUCACAUGCGCACUCAACAAUUUACUUCCAGCAAUUACUUUCUUGAUGGCUAUCCCGUUUAAGAUGGAGACUAUUGGCAUAAAGAGGCUCCCGGGACAAGCCAAGGUGUUGGGAACAAUUGUAUGUGUUGGUGGAGCAAUGUUAAUGUCUUUUUACAAAGGAAGUUUGAUUAACAUUGGUAAAUCAUCUCUACACUGGAGGUACGCAGAGCAAAUGGCAGAUAGUAACUCUGGUGGUGAAUCAAGCAGUUUCAUUGGUCCUCUAUUUGUUGCCCUUAGUUGUGUUGCCUGGGCUGGCUGGUUCAUAAUCCAAACAAAAAUGAACAAAAAAUUUGUAGCACCUUAUUCGACAACAUCAAUAAUGUGUGGUAUGGCUAGCGUUCAGUGUGUGCUUAUUGCCGUAACUCAAGAACACUCCGUUGAAGCUUGGUCGCUUACUUCUAGAAUCAGACUCAUCGCUUGCUUGUAUAGCGCGGCCUUUGGUUCAGCUCUCGCAUUUGUUGUCAUGUCAUGGUGCAUAUCCAAACGUGGUCCUCUUUACGUGUCAAUGUUUAACCCAUUGUUGCUAGUUAUCGUUGCAGUACUCGGAUGGGCAAUAUUAGAUGAGAAAUUAUACGUUGGAAGUGCUGUGGGAUCAGCUUUGAUAGUGAUUGGGUUAUAUGCUGUACUAUGGGGUAAAGGGAAAGAGAUGGAUGUUCCAACCGGGAAGACAAUUGAUGACAAUGAAGAUCAUGGUGGAGAUAUUGAAGCUGGUGAUGGUGAUAUUGAAUUACCAAAGAUACUUAUGGUGCAACCCACUAAACCUGCUAAUGGAAAUAUCAAUACUCCCAACUAAUCAUGAAGCUACAAGAAGAAUAAGAGAUAAGAGAAAGUGAGCGAUAAUAAAGAGAGUAUAUAAACAAGAAUUUAAGAUGAACUGUUCCAUUGGUGUAUACUCUAAUUGAUCAUCUUUUAUCUUAUGAUAUGUGGAGACUAGAGAAGAGAAGAGAGGAGAGGAGGGGAAAAGAAAAAUGUUAUCUAUGUAUUUUGGCUGUAUUAUCUUUAUUUUCCAUUAGAGUUGUUGUUAAUUAUAUUAACCCAAAAAGAAAAAAAAAAUCAUUUUCCAGCUUUUCUGUUUUGUUUCCAUUAGAGCUGUAAAACAAGGGAAAAAAAACAAAAAAAAAA